AAUAGCUUAUAAAUUUGUAUUGGUUUAUUAAGGUGAGCUCAAAUCAUAAUAAACAUAAACUCGACAGACAAAAGCAACAAAAAGAAUCAGUCAAUAGUCAAUACAAUGAAAGGUGUUGCACGACGCCAACGCUACGUUGCGGUCGCGAUGGUGAACUAAAACAGUGCUGCCAACAUAACGCACAUACAUUCCGCAAAAUUGGGCGUCAUCGGUUGGCAAUGUGGCGAUUGUAACCACUCUUCUCUCUUAUGUCGUGUUCUCUUUCUUUAUCGUAAAUUCCAAAACAGAGAAUUUGACCUACAUACAAUUUUUCAAUUCAAUAUGGGAGUUCAAAAUAUCAAUCGUGGUGUGGUUCUCACGGGUAUCCUGGGAGUUUUGGUGUCGGCAUACACUCUGUACGUCGAAAUGGCUGCAGAGUCUCGGCCAGGAUAUAAAGCACUCUGCGACUUUGCUGAACACGCCAGCUGUUCCAGGGUUCUUACAUCAGAGUUUUCAAAAGCGUUUGGUUUGCUGCCGAAAAAUUCAGCGUUUGAAGUACCGAAUUGCAUUUAUGGGACACUCUUCUAUUGCAUUAUGAUCUUCCUGAGUACCUAUGACAACAUAGCUGUAGUGCGACUUCAACUUCUACUGAAUGCAGCAUCGCUUAUAACUUGUGUGUACUUGGCUUACCUUCUAAUAUUUGUUCUACACGAUAUCUGCAUUGUAUGUGUAUCUACGUAUGUAAUUAAUGCAUGUCUAACAUAUUUAUCGUUAAAAAAACAUUCAUUGCUAAAUAAGAAACAGAAAUAAACCUGUACUGCCAUCUAUCGUCAUCGUAAUGAUAUUUAUUUUACAAUCAGUGCCAUCUUUUACGUUGUAACUAAAAUAAAACUUUUUCUAUUUUUCGAUAGAUGGAGCUUGUGUGUUUGUAACAAAAAUAUUAAUUAAUAGGAAUGAGGUUAUGGAAAAAUUAAACUGUCUUAUUGAUAAACAAUGUAUUUUUAUAUUUUUUGACCUAGGUUUUAAGAGAUAUCUUGUAUAAUGUUUUUAGAGAAUCAUGAGUACAUAACUACGUGAUAUUUUUCCUUGUUUAUUUGUAGAUAGUAUAGUAAGGGAUAGGCCCUUAGACAUUUUGCUUACGCUGUGAUAAAAUGAGAGAUUCAAAUAGUUUAGUUCAGGUAAAACAGAGAAAAUUAGUCUUAGAUUUUUUAAUGAAUACAGGGACUUUCAGACUAGACUCCUUAUUUAUAAGCAAGUACUUACCUCUAGCUUAAAAAGCUUAUAAACAGUCUAGUCGUACACAAUUAAUUUAUUCACAUUCCUUGACUGU